GAAGAAUUGAGGACUAGCUUAAGGAAGAAUUGAGGAUGGCGAAGAUGGAGAUUCGGAGACUGACCAAGGAAAAGAAGAAGAUUCGUGGUAGUCCUCCUGUUUUGAGUCCUCAAGUCAAGAAGGGAAACUGGUCAGUGGCUGGACAGCAUGGAACAAAGUUGACGAUCAAGAAGACGAAUGGAAAGGUAGAAACGAUGAAGAAGAAAGAGACUGCUGUGGAAACAUCUAAUGCAUUCUCCGUGCUACCCGACGAAUGUGAGUUGACUACUGGGAACAUCACGAUGAACAACACCAAGGAAGGUCACCCCACCAUGGUGAGAGACAGCCGGUGUGUUAUAAAAAGAAAAGAAGAAAAAAAGAAAAAAUAAUGAAAUAUAUACAGCAAUACAGAGUUACACUUUACAAGAACAGUCAGUGCUAGAACCACUUGAUAUAAAGAGAAGGCUUUACAAUAGAAUUAAUAAUAAAAAGGGAACACUACCUUAGUUCUAUUUCUAUAGCUACUAAGAGGAAAUCAGUUAUUUCACGAGCUUAGUAUAAAAUUGACACAAAAGGUUGCAGAGUCACAUUCGAAUAAACCAAAUAAAUUUAAGCUAUAAAU